CGCCUCCCGGCGGCGCGGUGCCGGCGCGGGCGUUAUGCGGGAGCGGGCGCGGGGCCCAGGGGCUCCUCGUGCCCCCGGCAGCCCGGCGGGGCGGGACGGAGCGCGGCGCCCCGGGCACCAUGAGCUCCGCCGAAAUUAAGAAGCCACCUGUGGCCCCCAAACCAAAAUUUGUGGUAGGACACAAGGCGACACCUCCACCUGUUGCACCGAAGCCUGAUGUUGUACUUUCUGGUGUUAUUCAAGCAGCAAAGAAAACUAAGCCAGCGAUUGCACCAAAACCGAAGGUUCUCAAGAGCUCGUCUAUUCCAGAAGUUAAGCCUCCAUCCUCUACAAGGAAAAGUACCAAAAGCUUUGAGGAACACAGAGGAGAUUCUUCACAAACACUAGACCACUUGAACUAUAAAAAUGAAGCCUCAGAAGGGAAUACAGAAAACACAGCAUAUAUUCUACCGGUAUCGUCUUGCAAAAUUGGAUGCCUUCAUAAGCUUGGAAAUGGGGAGAACACUUGUAAAACUCAGAUCAUUCUUGAGCACUUUGAAAACUUAGAGAACAUCAAAGUAGGUGAAAAAACUCUGCUAGCUCUGGGGGAUAGUCCCAAUGAAAAAUUGGCAAAUAGAAAUCAGGUAGUUCUGAAAGCCAGCAUUUUGGAAGAGAAGCUUAAAGAUGUUCUAACUCAUGGUGUAUUCCCCAACAGCAGUCCUGUGAGGCACAGGUGUGCAGACAAACUUGACAAAAGGGAUGGCAACAGCUCCAGGGAUGAUGUUAAAAUAGAGUUCAUGGAACUUGUACAGUCUUCGCCUUCUUCUGAGGUAGCUAAUGGGAGGCAAAAAAAUAUUAACAUUAAGCGCACUGUUGAAGAGUUUCAGAUGUCUGAAACUUGUCCUAGUUUGACUGAAAACCAUCACAGUUGCUCCUGCCCGUUGGACCAGGAAAACCUGGAAAAUGAACAUUUAAGUAUCAAUAGUAUGUUUUCAGGUGAAAUGGGUAUGAAAAUAGACACUGAUAAAGCUUCCUCUGAAACAUGUUCAGUCCUGUGCUCAAAAAUGCUCCCUAUCCCUAAGCCAAGAAAGCCACGUGCUGCAUGUCUAGUUCGGCAGGAUGGCAUAGACGCCAUAGGAGAAGGAACAAAGGAACCAUCUAAUUCAGAGAAUGAUCCCAUUGGGUCUGCUGAACAAAGCCUUAAAAAGCCAGCAAAAAUUAAUGUCCUUGGUCAGAGUGUUUGUUAUAACAAUGAUACAGAAGUGCUUCAUCCUGAAAAAUCUGAGAUAACUCAAAACAUUGCAGAGAAAAAGCAUCCAGUGAAGGAACCUGCUGAUACUGAAGAGUCAACAUUGCAAAGUCUUUUGCUUCAGUUAUCUCACAAAACUUCUGAUUUGGUGGAAAAUGUUGAGUGUUCUUUAGAUACAGACCAUGACUUAGGUAACUCCAUGGAUAAGAUGAAAGAUGAUGCUAAUAUGCUAGAUGCAGUGGACAAAAGGACUAAUUUUAUCAGGUGUGAUACUUUGUCUAUGAGUUUGCCAAAGCAAAUCAAACUAACUGGCAGUCAGCACUCACCUACUUCUAAUAGCCUUCAUGUUUCCCUACAAAAAGUGGAAGAUAAAGAACCGAAAAUAAAGGAUGAAAGUUCUCCAAAAGUCAUUCCUAAGAAACCACAGCGGCACAGCCUACCGGCUGCAGGACUGCUGAAAAAAGCUGCAUCAGCAGAGCUUGUGGAGAAAAGUUCUUAUGCCUCCAGUGAAGACAAAUCGAAAAGCCUUUUGGAAGGAUCUCACUUCACACACACUCCAGUCAAGGAGCAAGGUGCAUUGUCGUCCUGUGACAUACCUAAACGAUCCUCUGAGAAACCUGUCUGGAAGUUACCUCAUCCUAUUCUUCCGUUUUCAGGAAAUUCUGAGUCAUUAAAAACUGCUAGUGUUGUUCCCAGCUUCAACCACUUGACGGUUGUGACAAAGCCUAGGGCCAAAUCUCUCUCUUCUGUGGACAUGGAAAGGACAGACAAGCCUUGCAAAGACCCGCAGAAGAAAAAUAGUUUGAAAAAGUUUCUCAACAUGAAGCUGUCGGUUUGCUUAAUGAAAAGUGACUUCCAAAAAUUUCUGUCCAAAGGCAGCCAGUCAAUGGAUAGCUCUGUUGCUAACCUUUCCACUGGAGAAGGGUGUGGGAGUGGUAACAACCGGCAUAUGGCAUCUGCAGGCAGUGAAAGGAAAGCUAAGUCUGCCAAGGCACAUUCCAUAGAAAUAAGUAGUCCAGCAAUGCAGAAGAAGAGGCAGAGAAACAGAAGCCAGCCUGAGAUGCGAAAUACCCAAAGGCUGGAGUCUUUAGAUGGGCACGCACUGUCGGGGGAGAUUUUGUCCCAAAUGCAUUUGAAUUCUGUAACCAGCAGUUGUGCUCCAGAAUAUGAGAACGUGCGUCACUAUGAGGAAAUACCGGAGUAUGAGAACUUGCCUUUUGCUAUGGGUGCUGGUAAAAAUCUGUGUUUGGAAUGGCAGAAUUCCAGCAGUGUGGAAGACCAGAGCCCUGGCUUGUAUGAGGUGGAGGAGACUUUUCAAGCUGCAAGCAGGCGUGUGAGACAUGGCAGGUCCUUAGAAGAGCACCAUGAUCAUCCUGGCAUGGUAAUGGGAGAUCUUCAGUCAGACGAAGAAGAUAUCAUGAACAGUUCUGAUGAAGAUGAUGACACGAAUUCUGAUUCGAGCAAAGGGGAGCCUGAUUCUCAAGAUCAGAGCAAGGCAUCUGGAAAGAAGACAAAAGUUUACCAUAUUGCCAAGGAGAUCAUGAGCUCAGAGAAAGUGUUUGUGGAUGUGCUAAAGCUCUUGCACAUUGAUUUCCGGGACGCGGUGGCACAUGCCUCUAGGCAGCUUGGGAAGCCAGUGAUUGAGGACAGAAUCCUGAAUCAGAUCCUGUACUACCUACCUCAGCUGUACGAGCUCAACCGGGACCUCCUGAGGGAGCUGGAGGAGCGAUUGUCUCACUGGCUUGAACAUCAACGAAUUGCUGAUAUAUUUGUAAAAAAGGGUCCCUACUUGAAGAUGUACUCAACUUACAUCAAAGAAUUUGAUAAAAAUGUUGCACUGUUAGAUGAACAGUGUAAGAAGAACACAGGUUUUGCUUCAGUAGUGAAAGACUUCGAGAUGAGCCCCCGCUGUGCUAGUCUGGCCCUCAAGCACUAUCUGCUCAAGCCAGUUCAGAGGAUUCCCCAGUACAGACUCCUUUUGACAGAUUAUUUAAAGAAUCUUUUAGAAGAGUCUGCAGACUAUAGAGAUACUCAAGAUGCUCUAGCUGUUGUCAUAGAAGUUGCAAACCAUGCCAAUGACAUCAUGAAGCAGGGAGAUAACUUUCAGAAACUCAUGCAGAUUCAGUACAGUUUAAAUGGACACCAUGAGAUCGUACAGCCAGGAAGGGUAUUUUUGAAAGAGGGAACACUGAUGAAGCUGUCUCGGAAGGUCAUGCAGCCACGAAUGUUUUUUCUGUUUAAUGAUGCCCUGUUGUAUACUACUCCAGUUCAGUCAGGGAUGUAUAAACUUAACAACAUGCUGUCCUUGGCUGGAAUGAAGGUUAAAAAGCCGACCCAGGAAGCUUAUCAGAACGAACUGAACAUAGAAAGUGUAGAGAGAUCCUUCAUUCUUUCAGCAAGUUCUGCCACAGAAAGAGAUGAAUGGUUAGAAGCUAUCUCCAGGUCAAUUGAAGAAUACACAAAAAAGAGAAUCACAUUCAAUCCUAGCAAAAGUCUUGAAGAGGCAGAUCCAGAGAAGCAGGAAGAAGAUAGCCCGCUAGGAUCAAAAGCUCCUAUCUGGAUUCCUGAUACUAGAGCCACUAUGUGCAUGAUCUGUACAAAUGAAUUCACGUUGACGUGGAGAAGACAUCACUGCAGGGCAUGUGGAAAGAUUGUCUGUCAAGCUUGCUCAUCAAAUAAACAUGGUUUAGACUAUAUGAAAAACCAGCCAGCAAGAGUAUGUGAUCAUUGCUUCAGAGAGCUACAAAAACAAGAUAAUCAAUGCACUCCUAAAAGCGGAUCCCCAGUCAACCAUAAAUCUCCAUCAAGUGCCUUGUCUACAGUAUUACAAAGUAUUCCCUCUGGAAGAAAACAGAAAAAAAUUCCUGCAGCCCUCAAAGAAGUUUCAGCAAAUACAGAAGACUCUACAAUGAGUGGCUACUUACACAGAUCUAAGGGCAGUAAGAAACCAUGGAAACACCUAUGGUUUGUUAUAAAAAACAAGGUGCUAUACACAUAUGCUGCUAGUGAGGAUGUGGCAGCACUAGAGAGCCAGCCUUUACUGGGAUUCACAGUCAGUGAAGUCAGAGAUGAAAACUCAGAGUCUAGAGUGUUCCAUUUAUUGCACAAAAACACUUUAUUUUACAUAUUCAAAGCAGAUGAUCCCCAUUCAGCUCAAAAGUGGAUAGAAGCUUUUCAAGAAGGCACAAUAUUAUAGCAGUGUCAGCAAGACUGAACCAAAAUGUCCAGGGAUGAUGGUAAAACAGAGUACAGCAACUGUUGCAAGAAAGUGGAUCCUGCCAUGUCAACCUAAAAAAAAAAUGUAUAUUUGUCAGCAUUAGGGUUUGAUGCAUUUUUAGCGUAAGGUAAUAUUUUUUUAAAAGAAUUGUGUGUAUUUCUGUGUUGUUACAAAAUGUGUUAUUUAUUAAAUUCUGAUGUUUACUUUAAUGGUCAAAAUUGUUUGUGAAGUUUGCAUUGAGGUCCAAACUUCCUGUGUUUUCAGAAUGACAGGUCGGUGAGUCAACAUACUCCUAAAGUUUGUGCUUCUUACUUUUUUUAAAAAACAACAAUUCAUUUACUGCAAUUGUGUAGUUCCUCAUGAUUUGUAUAUAGGUCUUGAGUUGCUGAUACUCAGCUUGCAAUUUAACAAAAACAGAUCGGAAUAGGAAUUUAAAAGAUUUUGGAUAUUUGUUGGUUAUGUAAACUCCUUUAUGAGAGGUUGUAUGAUAAAAUGCUGCUCCUUUUCUUGAAUGGUAAUUGAAAUCUCGCAUACUGAUUAAAACAGUACAAUAAAUUCUGUAUCGCAGAAGCAAUUACCUAGUACAGUUCAAUUAUGAAAAAAUAGAAAAUGGACAAACAUUUUAAAACAGACUUUGCGAUUACAGAGAGAAAGCAGUAGAGCUUUUACAGUACUACAGAUGCCAAAGAGACUAAAUGAGCUACUUUUAAACAAUUUCAGGGUAUAUUUUCUUGUAUGUUUCCAUUAGUAAUUUAAAGCAGAGGAAAAACACAUUUUUGGCGUACAGGGAAAAGAUUAAAUACAUUGUUUCAAAAUUGUGUUGAAUGAGUUCUGUAUGCGGUAUGAAAGACUGUGUAAACUAUUGUUCAAAGAACACUAAACAAAUAUAUAUGGACCCCAUCUCCCAGAAACUUAAACUAUUGUAUAUUUAAAUAAUAUGCUUGAACUGGAAUUGCCAUACCCAGAAAACACAGCUUCUUUUUUUUUUUGUGCAGAUGGCAAUGAAAUUGUAUACCAUUCUUUGAAAUACCUUUUGUUUACACUAUGAUUUGUUCUGUUUGACACUUUACAACACAGUUCAGUUUUAGGUGUUUUUUUUUUUUUUCUUUAAGAAAAUUGUCAGUAUACCUCAUUAGGAAAUACUUGCUGAUGAUUCUGGUGCAUUUAUUCUAUUUAAGUUUUGGAAAAGAUGUUAUCACUGUAAUAGCAUAGAUGGAACUAGAACUAUGAACAACACAUGAAAGCAAGCCAUUUUUAUGUCAAAAGCGAUGCACAUGUAGCCAGUUAAUUUUACUGUAUGCAACAUUUUUUGGUAGUCCUCUUAAUCAAACUAGUUGUGGAAGUGGGAUUAAAAGCAAUUAAGUACAUGUUAAUAACUUUUUUAAGGCCUCACAAAGGAAAGAAAAUGAUAGUAGUCAUCACAUAAAGACCAUGAAUGAAAAUGCAAGCCAAAAUUCUUGUAUGCCCUCAAAUACCUCAAGGUCUAAAUGCUAACAUAGACAGCUCUGAAGAGACUUGAUUUUCCUGAGCUGCAGUUAGGUUGGUAGUAGGCUUUGGAGCCUAAUGCUUAACAUUGAGUAUCUGAGUAUAAUUUCAUUGACUUCAAGCAUUUCAGUAAAGAACCUUUCUGAAACAGGGACUUCAGGCUGUAGAUCCGGCUUUUCUGAUGAAUGCUAGAGAUUUGACCAGAAAGUGUUUGAAAUUCAGUGGGAGUUGGGUCAAAGCCUUUAUUCACUCUUUCUUUUUAAUGCAAACAUGAUAAAUAAAUAUUCUUUUGUUAUAUAUAAAGGGCUUUUACUUAGUUUUUCAAAACCAGCUGCUGACUGAAGCCAAGUAAGCUAUUAAUUUGUCUCUUCAGGGUGAUUUCUGACAUGGUUUUUACUGUAUCCAAAAUAAAUCUGAUACUAGUGUAACAUAGAUGUGCUGUAGCUGUUCCAGUUGCUGUUAUCAAGGAGAAGAGCUUCUUAAUAUUUUUAUAUGGACUGCACACCAACUAAGAUGGGAAGCCAUGAACUGGCAAAUAAAUAAGAAAUUUGAGUAGGAGCAAGUUUCGUUUAGUUUUAAUUUAUGGUCUGAUAUUGAUCUCUGUGCUGCAAAACUGAAACAGAGCAAUAAAAGUCAAAACACAGGCUGAGUAAGGUGCCCAAGUUCUGCCUCCUGUGUGGCGACAAACUACCUCUCAGUGAUUAGGUGCAGAGCAAGAAAAUAGUGUAGAAGUCAGAGGACUUCUUCCAGAAGCAAAGAUCAAUCAACAGGUCGUCUUUGACAGGAAUGGGUUUGAACAGAGCCUUAAAAACAAUAGAGCACAUAUUGCUGUCUGUGUGUGAAACAAAUGAAAUAGUCUUUAUGAGCAUGUUUAAAUAUUUCUUUUCCCCCUUCUCCAGCACCAGUGCUUUUUAUCACGUGAAGAGCCCAAAACAGAGUUUCUUUCAUAACAUUUUCAGGUGGUUGCUUUUCAAAGUGUUACUUUAUUUCUCCACCUUGCCUCCCAUUUUGAUUCUUUACCAUCGGAAGUAAAGUCACUUCUUGAUUUGACCCUUACAUUAGAAAAUUCACUAAACACAACCAGUAGUUAUUAAACACCUGGCUACCUCUUCUUAUAUGCAUCUAUCGUUGUUAAUUUAAGAUUGGUUAGUAGAGUAUGAGACGAACAUUAGCAUUGAAGAUUAGUUCUAGCAUCUUUAUUCUAGGAUAACUGAAAGGUCUAGGAUCCUGAAUUGCUUUUAAGAAAUCUUUGACUUAAAACUUUCUUUUAUCCCCAACGGACUUGAAACAAAGGGAUAGCUGAGCAACUUUGGAAAACAUUUUACUACAUAUUUUUUGUGUGUGAAAGUCGAUUGCCAAAUUAUGUGUAUUGCAUCAUAAUGUUGUGGUUUAACCGAAACCAGGACAAAUGUAAGGAGAAUGUUUGGAAAGACACAUUCAAUGCAUGUUUGCCAUAACUGCUGUCCCCUGUUUUUUACCAUCUAAAUAUGCUUUUAUUUGGAGCAGUCACAAAUUGUACUGUCUAAAUGAAAGAAUGGAAUCUGUAUUUUGUAAAUGAAAACAACUUAAAGUUGUUGUAAAUAUUCCUGUGGAUAUGUAUCAUUUUUGUAUAAAUAAAUUCACAUUAGUUGAGUCUGUGUUUGUUUUUGAAAUA